AUGUCUGUCCCAUUUAAUAGAGAACUGGAUGCUAAAAUAAAAUUCAAGAAAUUUAAAUCGGCUACUAAAAAUAAAGCUUUAAAAGUCAGUCCCACUUUUGAAAGUAUGAAUUUAAAACCACAACUAUUGCGUGGUAUAUAUAGUUUCGGCUUUGAAGCCCCUUCAGCAAUUCAAUCUAGGGCAAUCACUCAAAUUAUCUCAGGUAAAGAUGUAAUAGCACAAGCACAAUCAGGUACUGGUAAAACUGCGACAUUUGCCAUUAGUAUGUUACAAGUCAUAGACACUUCAAUUAAAGAUACACAAACAAUUAUUUUAUCCCCAACUAGGGAACUAGCCACGCAAAUUUGUACAGUUGUUGGCAAUUUGGGUGAUUACAUGAAUGUCAAAACUAUGGCAUUAACAGGCGGGAAAUUAGUUUCUGGAGACUUGAAAAAAUUAUCUGGAGGCACUGGUGGUGUGCAUAUAGUUAGUGGUACCCCUGGAAGAUGUUUGGAUAUGAUUAAAAGACAAGUCUUAUCAACAAGAAAAAUUAAAAUGUUGGUUUUGGAUGAAGCAGACGAAUUAUUAAGCGAAACAUUGGGGUUUAAGCAGCAGAUAUAUGAUAUUUUUGCCAAAUUACCAACCACCGUACAGGUUAUUGUUGUAUCUGCCACAAUGAGUAAAGAUAUAUUAGAAAUUACUAAGAAAUUUAUAAGUAGUGAUGUGGUAAAAAUCUUAGUUAAACAAGAUGAGAUUAGUUUGGAUGGUAUCAAACAAUAUCAUGUCAAUGUGGGGAAAGAAGAAUGGAAGUUUGAUACAUUGUGUGAUUUGUAUGAUUCUCUAACGAUUAAUCAGUGUGUUAUAUUUUGCAACACAAAGAAAAAGGUUGAUUGGUUAACGCAACAAAUGCUAAAGAAUAGUUUUUCUGUAAGUUCAAUGCACGGUGAUAUGAAACAAGAAGAAAGAGAUCGUGUUAUGAAUGAUUUUAGAAGCGGCAACUCGAGAGUAUUGAUAUCAACGGAUGUAUGGGCCCGUGGUAUUGAUGUACAACAAAUUUCUUUAGUUAUAAAUUAUGACUUACCAGAAAUAACGGAAAACUACAUACAUCGUAUUGGUAGAAGCGGAAGAUUUGGUCGUAAGGGUGUUGCUAUUAAUUUUGUGACGAAGGAAGAUAUAUCCAAACUGAGACAAAUUGAAAGACAAUACUCUGUUAAAAUUAAGCCUAUGCCUGCCAACAUUGAAGAAUUGUCUUAG